GUGUGACGGACCCCGAGCCGUCUGCGGCCGGGGGACCCCUGCCCGCCCUCCGCCUCGCGCGCUGGGCUGUGGAACUAGCGCGUGUCCCCUCGUCGGCCUCCGCGUCCCCCCUGUGUCCCUUACUCGUGGCGGGGCUCGGCUCGUGGCCUCUCAGUCGAGCUCUGCUCCACGCGACUCCGCGGACCGGCUGGGCUUCUCCCUGCCCCUCCAAGGCCUGAGGCCGUGGUUCAAAAAUGGCUGGGCACCCACGGCCUCGCAUCAAGGUUACUGACUUUCCAUGAUGUUUGGUGGUUAUGAGACCAUAGAAGCAUAUGAGGAUGACCUUUAUCGUGAAGAGUCAUCUAGUGAACUGAGUGUUGAUAGUGAGGUGGAAUUUCAGCUCUACAGCCAAGUUCAUUAUGCCCAAGAUCUUGAUAAUGUCAUCAAAGAGGAAGAACAUGAAGAGAAGAACUCUGGGAAUUCUCAAUCAUUCAGUAGUAAACCAAAUGAGAAGAACUUAAUUAUCCUUUCAGAUAGUGAGGUCAUCCAGCUAUCAGAUGGGUCAGAGGUCAUCACACUGUCUGAUGAAGAUAGUAUUUAUAAAUGUAAAAGAAAGAAUUUUAGAGUCCAUGCAGAAGAAAAGACCCAAGGUCCUCCUGCUUUUCUUCAUUCUAGUGAGUUGGCAGAUAAGAAAUGCAAGAGGGAUAUUGAGAAGACUAAACCUGGAGAGAGAUCAGGUACAAUCCAAGAGGUCAUGAUUAUAGAGGUCAGUUCAAGUGAAGAGGAAGAGAGCACCAUUUCAGAAAGCGAUAACGUGGAAAGCUGGAUGCUGCUGGGAUGUGAAGUUGAUGAUAAAGAUGAUGAUAUCCUUCUCAAUCUUGUGGGGUGUGAAAAGUCUGUUAAUGAAGGAGAAGAUGGUGUAAACUGGUUCAUCAGUGACAAAGACGUUGAGGCACAGAUAGGUAAAAAAAGAACAUCUGGAAGAUGGACCCACCGAUACUAUUCAGUCAACAAAAAUGUUACCUGUAGAAAUUGUGACAAAUGUGGCCAUUUGUCAAAAAACUGCCCCUUUCCACAAAAAGUCCGCUCCUGCUGCCUCUGCUCCGAGAGAGGACACCUCCAGUAUGCCUGUCCGGCCCGCUUUUGCUUAGACUGUUCUUUGCCUAUGUCUUCUACUCACAGAUGUCUUGAAAGACCUUCCUGGAGAAAACGGUGUGACAGAUGUGAUAUGAUAGGCCACUAUGCUGAUGCUUGCCCAGAAAUCUGGAGGCAGUAUCACCUAACGACCAAACCUGGACCACCCAAAAAGCCAAAGACCCCUUCUGGACAAUCAGCCUUAGUGUAUUGCUACAACUGCGGGCAAGAAGGCCAUUACGGACAUGAAUGUACAGAAAGACGAAUGUUUAACCAGACCUUUCCAACAUCUCCAUUCAUCUACUACUAUGAUGACAAAUAUGAAAUCCGGGAGAGAGAUCAGAGAAUAAAACGAAAAGUGAAAGAACUCCAGAAGAAUGGGGACUUUCCAAGGCAGUUCAAGAGGCCUCAUAUGGAAGCAGCAGAUAAGAGGCCCCACCGUGAUAUGAGGAAGAGCCAUGCCUCAUGGAGAAAUAACACGUGGCCUCAGGAAAAGAAAGAAACCCAAAAAGAAGCCAUGAACAGGACCCGCAGAGAGCGUGAGAAGCACAGGAAGGCUGACAGGUGUCAUGAAGUAGAUGAGGACUACCCCAGGGGCCCCAGAGUCCACUCUUCUCCUGGCACUGUCAAAACCCAGAAGCCUCACAAGCCCCUUCACCACUCAUCACAUUACCACAAGCCAAGAGAAGACAGGCUGCCCAGAGAGGGCAGGAGGGUCAGGAAUAAGAAAAAGGAGAGCUGUUUGGAGGAUGAUGGCAAUGAUAAUUUAUUUCUCAUUAAGCAGAGGAAAAAAAAGUCUAAGCUGUGACUUAGGUUCUGAUUUGGCUUCCCAGUGUUUGGUCUUCAUGUCUACAACAUCCUGGCAAUAUUUGUAUUACCUAUAAUUAAAUAAAAUGAGGUUUUUGUUUUUGUUUUUUUAAUCUCAGCCAUACCUAGAGCUAUUGAACAAAGUCUUUGGAGAUCUCAGUUCUCUGUGUCCAACAGGUUAUUAGGUAAGAAAAUAGAAAGAUAAACUCGGACUUCCCCUGUUCCAGGAUGUCAUUUUUAUUCACUCAGUACCCUAGGGAUAGGAAGAAUUAAUCUUUUCACAAAAAAAUUUUUUUAAUAUUUUGAAAAAAUAAAACUCAUUAAAUGUA